AUAACAUAAUUAAAAUUCCAACGCACUGUCAAAGUCGCAAAGAAUCCAGAGUAAAAUGGCAGCAGAUUAUAUUGGCUUUGCAAACCUUCCUAAUCAAGUUCACAGAAAGUCUGUGAAACGAGGUUUUGAAUUUACUUUGAUGGUAGUUGGUGAAUCUGGCCUGGGUAAAUCCACUCUAAUAAACAGCCUUUUUCUGACCAAUCUUUACUCAGACAGAGAAAUCCCACCAGUAUCAGAGAGGCUUAAAAAGACUGUGGACAUUGAAUCAUCAACUGUUGAAAUAGAAGAAAGAGGCGUGAAGUUGAAACUGACAGUUGUUGAUACCCCUGGAUUUGGUGACAGCCUUGAUAACUCUGAAUGUUAUAAACCAAUUCUGGAUUACGUCAACAAUCAGUUCAACACUUACCUCAAGGACGAGUCUGGACUCAACCGAAGAAAUAUUGUUGAUAAUAGAAUUCAUUGUUGUUUUUAUUUCAUUUCUCCUACUGGACUGCAGCCUAUCGACAUAGAUUGCAUGAAACAGUUGCAUAGUCGUGUGAACAUAGUUCCAGUUAUUGGAAAAGCAGAUACUCUGACACAGAAAGAGCUUCGGGAAUUGAAGAAAAAGAUAAUCCAUGAGAUUCAGAAGUAUGAAAUUCAGAUUUAUCAGCUUCCAUAUUGUGAUGAUGAUGAAGACGAUGAUUACAAGAAACAAACGGAAGAUUUGAGAGCAACUAUGCCGUUUGCAGUUGUGGGAAGCAAUGCAACAGUUGAGGUCCAAGGCAAAAAGGUUCGAGGAAGACGCUACCCCUGGGGAGUGGUGGAAGUUGAGAACCCAAAACACUCGGAUUUUGUUAAACUCAGAACAAUGUUGAUUACUCACAUGCAGGACUUGAAAGAGGUGACCCAGGACGUACAUUAUGAAAACUAUCGGGCAAACUGUCUCUCAGUAGGCGAUGGUAACAACACUGUUCAACGAAAUGUUAAAAGAGGGCGCGAAGCUAGUGCUGCCGACACAGACAAACUGAGUGAAAAAGACAAAAUGUUGCUAGAAAAAGAGGCCGAGCUGCGACGAAUGCAAGAGAUGUUGGCGAAAAUGAAACAGCAAAUGCAGGAAGGAACUAAUAUUUAACAUAUUAGAUUUAUUCAUAGCUAGAUUACCGAAUUAUUUUUGAUAUAAACAGUAGCUACAUGUAUAUCUUAAUUUACUGCUUGUGCAAAACAAUCAUAUGAGAUGAAGACUAUACCGUCAUGAUGUAGAUGCAAACAAUAUCACUUAUUCGUGUAUAUUUUUGUAUAUGGAGUUCUAGUUAAUAUCUUUAUAUAAAUUUUGUUGUAUUGGUCAGCUCGCAUACAACAUCUUGGGCACAUUCUUUGUUAUAAAUACUUUAUUGAUG